UUUCAAAUUGAAAGUUCAGAAAAACCACAUACAAAUUAGUUAUGAUUCUGUUAUUUUCUAAAGUAAAAGCAAAAGUUUUAUUUUGUUUCCACACAAAUAUAAUUAGCCAACCUUCAUGUAGGAUGCCAGAAAUUGCUAAAUAUUUACUGUUGAGAAGCUUUAAUUUUGACCUUUGGACAAUUUUGCAUUAAAAAGGUACCUGAAUGAUUCAUUGAUUAUCAAAAAUAAUUCUCAGUUAAUUUGAUAAUUGAUUAUUUGUGGACUAAUUGUUGUACCUGUAGUGUGGAAAAUGUGGCAAGAAUUGGAGAGUGGAAAGCAGAUGUUCAAAUGAGCUGAACAGCUUGCAUUUGGAACGGCAAUGAUGGGGAAUUAGCUUGCUUGUUCUAAAGGUUUUAGUGCAAAAUCUAAUCAUUUGGGGUUCAUCAGAAGCUCUGCAGUGAUCCAACUUUAUUCUCUUAUGGCAACACCCAUGUCACUCACCACACCAGGCUUUGCCCUUUAAAGCCAUACACACUCAAAGUCACAGAACAAGAAGAAUGGGCAAAAAUGUUCUCGUGUUAACACCAUUAUUGCAAAAUACAAUAUAUCUAAUUAAGCUAAGCGAAGAAUAAUUGUUUUUUUAUUUUAUUUUAAAUUGCCUUAGUGGGUUUCCUGUAAUGAUAUGUGAAAGAUUUACUGUCUGAUUACAUUUUAGGUGUAUUUAACGAUUGGGUUAAAUAUAUUUGCACUUAAUCUGUUUGUUUUAAAACAUUUAUUGAGGCACAGUUUCUCUUCAAAUUUUAUGUGCACUACUUUAUAAUUAAUAUUGACAGUAUUUUUUGUUCCAAUAUUUAAGCACAGUGUUUAUGUUCAUAGAGGUCAUGAAGUUACAUUCACUUAGAAUGAUAUUAAAUACACUUUUUUGAGGGGAUCCUCAUUUUGUAUGCCAGUAUAGGCUACCAUUAUUGGUCUGUUGAUGGGAUUUGGAGAGCUAUUUUUCUGAGGUAGUACUUGGUGUCCAAAGUAGCCCCACUAGUGGUGGCAAAGGGAGGUGCAUCCCGCCGGGGCUCUGGCAUGGAGUGGGAGGCGGCAACCUGCAGCGAGCAUCGUUGCUUCUCGCCUCUCCUUCUCGUUAUGUGUUUAUUGUGUGCAAGGAGCACAUAACAGGACGAGGGGAAAUGGAGAGUGAAUGCCGAAGAAAGUGGAAGGCAAGAUUUGCCCUGAGGCGAGACAUCUUGAAGGAGUUCCUGGCUGAGUUUCUGGGGAUAUUUGUCCUGAUACUUUUUGGAUGUGGUUCAGUGGCCCAGGCGGUCCUGAGCAAGGGAGCUCUGGGGGAGCCCCUCUCCAUCCACCUUGGCUUCACUCUGGGACUUAUGAUGGCCGCCUAUAUUGCAGGAGGGGUUUCAGGAGCCCACGUGAAUCCUGCAGUCACCCUGGCUAUGAUGAUGCUGGGCAAGAUAUCCUGGAAGAAGUUUCCCGUGUAUGUGGCCGCACAGUUUUUAGGGGCCUUUGCUGGGGCCUGCUGUGUAUAUUUGUUGAAUUAUGAUGCUUUAAUGGAAUUUAGCAAUGGAGAAUUUAUUAUUAGCGGAGAGAAUGCCACUGCUGGAAUAUUUGCAUCUUAUCCUGCUAAGCAUCUCUCUACGCUCAACGGAUUCCUCGACCAGGUGGCAGGAAGUGCUGCAUUGAUCCUGUGCAUCCUGGCCAUAACGGACUCGAGGAAUAUCGGCGCCCCCAAAGGCAUGGAACCUCUGUGCAUCGGCCUAAUCAUCCUGGCCAUAGCCGUGUCCAUGGGUUUGAACUGCGGCUAUCCCAUCAACCCUGCACGAGACCUCAGCCCGCGACUCUUCACCGCUGUGGCGGGAUGGGGGUGGGAUGUUUUCAGGGCUGGAGGUUGCUGGUGGUGGAUCCCUGUGUUUGGACCAAUGGUCGGCGGGGCAGUGGGAGCCGCUAUUUACUUCCUUUUCAUCGAGCUGCACCAUGCUGAGCCCAAACCACAGGAAGAAAACAAUGGCCAGCAAAAGUAUGAAAUCAUAACUCUAUCUUAGAACUAAAUACAGUAACAAAGUAAACGCCUCCUUAUUAAGCAGUCGAAGAAAUGUAUGAUUUCUUCUAGCCAAUCAAUGAAGAAAGGCAAUCGUAAUUACAAAAACAGUAUUGUUUCAUAAAAAAAAAUGUACUGUCCUGUUCUAUCAUUAUUACAGCAUUUUUUACAACUGGUUACUUAGUUAACAAGUAUUGAGUUAUUGAGUUAGUUUGUUAGUUAGUCAGUUAGUUAGUUAAUUAAAAUAUCAUUUCAUCUACCAUAGUUGACCAGGUACAGCAUUUCAAGGUGUUUACUACAAUAGAAUUUCAUCAUUCGAAAUAAUUUAUUGGUUUUCUUCAGAAUUAUCAGUAAAUCUAGGUACGUUACCAUCUGAACAUAUAUCAGGCCAUUGUUAUAAUUUAGUAGGAAAACUGUACUUGCACAUGAUUCAUGUAUGUACUAUAUAUGUCAAGGGUACAAGUAUACUUUGAGAUACGUUCAUUCUAUUUUAAAAAGCAUGCUGAUUAAACGUAGUGUACUUACUGUAGCUAUUACAUAUGUUAGCCCCUAAAUAGGUUCAUUUGGUUAUUCUCUGGAGGAAAUAAUGUAGUGCCCCUUAUUUAUUUUUACUAUUAUCCAAGCUGCAGCUCCCCCCCCCCCCCACACACACACAUACACACACAAACAUAUAGUUGAAAAACAGUUUUGUGAACUUUGUUUCACAUAUUUUAUUCCGAAUAAAUAAACAAGAAGGCAGCAAAUUAGUAUUUAAAUCAAAGGAAAUCAAGAGAGAAUAAAAACAAAUCAACAACAACUUGAUUUUAAUUAAUUUAAUUUAGAUUGCAAUUUCGGCUUGUAAGGCUUCACACGUGUGCACGUGUCAGAAGUAUUAAGAAAAAUAAAGCAAAGGUCCCAAUCCUGUGUGGCAAUUUGUAGGCAUUAUUUGGCCUAUUUAUUGAAUUUGGAUAUUUAUUGAAUUGUAUUAAUCAUGUUGAACUGAGCAGCCAGAUACGUUUCCUGUGUGCGUUAUGGACGUUCCACUAUAUAAGAAUGCACUAGAGUACAAAGUACUUGUGUGUUUGGUAAUAAUAUUAUUCUUUGCAUGUGUUCAGAGCUGUGUCACUAGUUUGAGUUGUUCUUUUUUAAUCAAAAUUUUUUAGUUCCGAGAAACUCCCGCCUUAAACAAUUCUAUGCAUGCCCCUUUGUAUUCUGUGGAGAUGACACCUAAAGGUUAUGUUAGGUUGUGUCAUUAUAAAAGCCCUAUAACACUGUAAUUGUUUACAUGUAGAAAAUAGAACCUUAGUGUAAGAUAGAAAUAUAAAACACAUUUAACCUAUAUGUAUUGACUUGACAGUAUAGGGUUAUGAAUUCCCACAGUGUGUUUUAUUUGUUGAGGAGAGUUGAAAUGUACACAUGAAGUUAUUUUAUCUUGUGUACAUUUUGUGGAUAUGUACGUGCGCUUGUGUGUGCGUGCAUUAGUGUGUCUGCGCUUGUGUGUGUGUGUGUAUACAAGUACUUUGGUCGCCAAUAAAACAGAAGCGAAAGCAAACAGCAUAGACCAGCCUUUCAUUAAAGCUCUUUUGCAGGUCCCUGGUGACAAUAAUAAUGUGAUCGUCCUAAUGUGAAUCGAAAAAUUCUCACUAAUAUGGUCAACAAUGUGGAAGAGCAGAAUUAUUGAUAAACCUGUGCA